AUGGAAACAAGUACGAAUUUAAACAAUAACAGUAGAAUAAAAGAUGAAGAAAUCUUUAAAAUCAAACUAGCCUUAUCUUCACUAACUAACACGGUUGUAGUUUGUCCAAUGAUAGCAACCUUAUACACACAAUCGCCUUCUGAUGAUGAAACAUGGAGUUGUUUUAAACGAGGUGUUCCAGGAUUAAUUCUAUCACAUGAUGGAAAUAGAGAAGUAACAUGUGUUCAAAUUUGUAUUGCGGAUGCCCAUUCUGGCUUUGCUCUUUGGAGAGAAACUUUACUAGAGUCAUCAAAUUAUAAAUCAACACAGGGAAACUUUCAUACAUUCAAAUUGCUAUCCAGCAGUAAUGAUGUUGGUGAGACAAAAAACAUGGCAGGCAUUAGAUUUCCCACAGAGGAAUCUGGAAGAGUAUUUCUUAAUGAUGUAUUAAGUAAUAUACCAAAAGGUGAUGUCAGACCAGAGUCUUCAUUGAAUACAAAGGGAUCUCGUAAAUUCUCACUUAAAAAAAUUCGAAAAGACGAGAUAUCUACACCUUGUAUGUUUAGGCAUGUGACCACAAGUUUGCAAAACAAAAAUCGUGAUAGAUCUAAAACUGUUGGCCAUAAAGGAAAAAAGAAAACAAGUAAACAUUCUGGUUCAGGUUCGUCGUUAGAUGCUCCAGAUUCUGAUCCAGUGCAAGAUUUGACAACAAGAAGAACCUUGAGCACAAAAAGAUGA